AUGGCUGAGAAGAGCGUGACCAUCCGGACGCGCAAGUUCAUGACGAACGCGCUCCUGCAGCGCAAGCAGUUCGUCCUGGACGUGGUGCACCCUGGCAAGGCCAACGUGUCGAAGGAGGACAUCCGGGAGCGCCUGGUGAAGAUGUACGACGUGAAGGACGUGAACACGGUGCAGGUGUUUGGGAUGAGGACUUCGUUCGGUGGUGGGAAGUCCACGGGCUUCGGUUUGAUCUACGACACGGUGGAUGCCGCGAAGAAGUUUGAGCCGAUCUACAGGCUGGCGCGGGUGGGGCUGAAGGAGCACAAGCGCACGGCCCGCAAGCAGAAGAAGGAGCGGAAGAACAAGAUGAAGGCGGUUCGCGGCGUCAAGCGGUCGUAG